AUGGCUAUUUAUAGAUUUUCAAAACAGCUGCAAGUGGAGGAAGCUGUUAUUAAAGAGGGGCGGAGCAAAAAGAAACAUGAUGGGCGGAUCCGUAUCGAGAUCCCGGGGAAAGCAGAUUCCGGAGAAGUGGGAUCCGAGGGUGUUGAACCACCUCCUCCUUCCAAAAAACAAAGGGUAGAGAAGACUACUCAAAAGGCUGGGGGUGCUGACAAGGGCAAAGGCGCGGCUUCCAGUUCUUCUCAGCCUCCUGCUCAAGACGCUGAAACUGCUGCGCCCCUUUCCUGGAGCUCCUUCGAUCCUCUGGAGUUUAUUGAGAGAGGAGUAACCAUGGUGGGUGACAUGACUCGCUUCACCAACACUUCGACGGGAGACCUGAGGAAGAAGGCCUUAGAGUAUGAAGUCAAGGGUACUCUUCUUAAUUAUCUACUGACAAACCGCCAAGAGCAAGAGGUUCUAGAGGCGAGGCAAAAAGUGAAGAUGGUUGAUGAUAAUCUCGCUGACAUUGAGAAGAGGUAUUCUGAAACUAAGGCAAAGCUGGAGAACGAUAUCAAGAAGCUGAAGGAAGAAAGGGAGGGCGAGACAGAGAGACUGAAGAAAGAGUAUGAGGAGAAGCUGUCUAAAGUUAAAGAAAGCUAUGCCGCUUCGGAGGCCAAGCUCAAGGAGAAUUCUGCUGCCCAGGAUGAGAAACUCUCUAAGCUAUCUAAGGAGAAGAAUGAGGCGGUACUGUCUAUUGGGACCUUGGCUGAUGAGAAGGCUAGGUUGGAGAACGACAUCAACGAGCUUCAACUCUGUGCAGCCAAUCAAUAUGAUGAGGGUUUCGCCUUUGCGAUCGAGCAGGUUAAGCUGCUCUUUCCUGAUUUAGAUGCUGAGCGCCUAGGCGAGGCCGAUGCAAUGAAGCAGAUAGUUGAUGGCAAGCUCGUUCCUUACGUUCCUCCUCAGUGA